UGGAGUUGGCAGAGUAAAUUGAAACAUCCACUGGAAACAGAGCCUAAGCCUCCAUCAUGGGCAAGAUCAUUUUCUAUGAAGACAGGAACUUCCAGGGUCGCUCUUAUGAGUGCAUGAGUGACUGCUCUGACAUAUCCUCCUACCUGAGCAGGUGUCAGUCCUGCAGGAUUGAGAGCGGCUGCUUUAUGGUUUAUGAGCGUCCUAACUACAUGGGCAUGCAGUUCUUCUUGAGGAGGGGUGAAUAUCAUGACAUGCAGCGCAUGAUGAGUAUGGAAAUGAUGUUUGACUCCAUCAGAUCCUGCAGAAUGAUCCCUUAUCACAGAGGUUCUUUCAGGAUGAGGAUCUACGAGAGGGAGAACUUUGGUGGUCAGAUGUUUGAGCUGAUGGACGACUGUGACUCUGUCAUGGAUCGCUACCGUAUGUCUGACUGCAUGUCUUGCAAUGUGAUGGACGGCCACUGGCUGAUGUAUGAGCAGCCCCACUACAGAGGCAGAAUGAUGUACCUGAGGCCUGGAGAGUACAGGAAUUUCAUGAACAUGGGCAUGAGUGGCAUGAGGUUCAUGAGCAUGAGACGUAUUACUGAUAUGUGUUAGACUAGAAAAAUCUAUUUCUGCAUUUGAGUAAAUAAAAUGUCUAAUUCAUAAAACCUA